CGUCGGAAAGUGAAGUGUGUUUGUCGCUUUCCUGCUCCCGGACUUUCCUCUGUUGUCUGUCACUCGUCCAUUGUUUUAUCGUCGUUUUUACGUGUUGAAAUUCUUUUAAACCCGAAGCAAACCCUCGUCCCUGAAUUAUCGGAACUGGGGAAAACUUUCCGAAGUCAUCUUUGCGAACCCGGUGGACGGCGACACCACCGGAGAUGGAUAAGCUAACUGAUAGCUGAGUCGGAAAAUCACAGGUCGAAGAAGCGGAUCCCGCUGGCAUGGUAGCCGCUCAUUUCGCCUUUUAACUGCGUUCCGGGGGACCCUGCGAGCCUCUACCGUCGAAACCACGCCGUGGCCGGGUGUUAGGUCGGGCCUGCUUGCGACACCCUGAAGCUAGCUAACACAGGAAGACGACUCCGGUUGGUAAAUAGUGGAAGUCGCUCCAUUGUUGGGACAACAUGCUGUCCAACGCGCAGAACCAGCCGCUGUUUCCAAGCCCGGCUGGCCAGCAGAACCCCGGCGGGCAGCAGAACCCCGCCGGUCAGUUCCUCCCCUUCCAUUCCAGACCGACCUUACAGAUCAAGAAGAACGCCAUUACCGAUGAUUACAAGGUGACCACCCAGGUGCUGGGGCUGGGCAUCAACGGCAAGGUGCUGGAGAUCUUCCAGAAGAAAACCGGAGACAAAUAUGCACUGAAGAUGUUGCAAGAUUGUGCCAAAGCUCGCCGGGAGGUGGAGCUCCACUGGCGGGCGUCGCCUUGCGCCAACAUUGUUCGCAUCAUUGACGUCUACGAAAACCUCUAUCAGGGCAGGAAGUGUCUACUCAUUGUCAUGGAGUGCAUGGAUGGUGGUGAGCUCUUCAGUAGAAUCCAAGACAGAGGAGACCAAGCCUUCACAGAGAGAGAGGCAUCAGACAUCAUGAAGAGCAUUGGAGAGGCCAUCCAGUUCUUACAUGCAGUCAACAUUGCACACAGAGAUGUCAAGCCGGAGAAUUUACUGUACUCCACCAAGAGGCCGAACGCUCUUCUGAAGCUCACAGACUUUGGUUUUGCCAAGGAGACCACCUCACACAACUCUUUAGCGACCCCAUGCUACACACCCUACUAUGUUGCCCCCGAAGUCCUAGGCCCUGAAAAGUAUGACAAGUCAUGUGACAUGUGGUCGUUGGGCGUCAUCAUGUAUAUACUGUUAUGUGGGUACCCUCCUUUUUAUUCCAACCACGGUCUCGCCAUUUCUCCCGGGAUGAAGAAGAGGAUCAGGAUGGGCCAGUACGAGUUUCCCAACCCCGAGUGGUCCGACGUUUCCGAUGAAGCUAAACAACUUAUCCGGACCCUCCUCAAGACCGAGCCCACCCAGAGGAUGACCAUCACAGAGUUCAUGAACCAUCCUUGGAUCAACCAAUCGAUGGAAGUGCCCCAGACCCCACUUCACACCAGCCGAGUGCUGAAGGAGGAGAAAGACGCCUGGGAGGACGUGAAGGAGGAAAUGACCAGUGCCUUGGCCACCAUGAGGGUGGACUACGAGCAGAUCAAGAUCAAGACCAUCGAGGACUCGACCAACCCGCUGCUAAACAAAAGAAGGAAGAAAGCCAGUAGCAACCUUGUGGAUCCGCAGUCUGCCGCGCACUGAAACGGCUGGGCACAGAUUGUUCAACGGAAGCAAUAAUUUGUCGUUUGCAUGAGUUUCUCAGUGUUUUACUUUUCUUGGUGAAUUCUAACGUUUGUAGGAGCACUGCUUUUUAAAUCCUCAAACGUUUGACGGCCAGAUCCUCAUGUUUUUACCAGAGUUUUCCUUCCCAGCGUCAGGUUUGAACGUUGUGAAGCCUUGUUAGCAUUAACUGUAUGAUUUCUUCCCCCACUUUUUUCUCUCUCUCUCUCUCUCUCUCUCCGUGAAUGUUGACUCAAAGUGGCUGUAUCCCAAAAAAUGACAGUGAGGGAAGAGUAGUUUCGCACGUGUGAGCAGGUGUUCUAUGAAAUGACAAGUGGAAUGUAAAGACCGUCUUGGGAACUCGGACUGCAGCGAGUGUUGCACUGAGGCCAAUGCAUUCAUGGACCGGACGCGUCUGAUUUUAGCCACCUUGGUUUCAGGUACAUAGUUGUAGUGCAGGGGUGGGGCAGCUCCGCCUCCGCGUGUAGCUCAUGUAGGAAAUAAACUAUUUUUUCAUGAAUUUUAUCAACGUUUUAGUGUUCACCGUCACCCUCACUUUGGUCCUUCAGAAUCUAUGUCGUUGCCUGAUAAUAUUUCGGGUGAAUGCUAUGCAGAUAUCAGGUUCAUGUACUGUUGGACGUUGGCGUUGAGUUCAGUUAGCAGGUGUCUUGACUCCUGGAUGGUUUUUGUCACGCUGGUUCCCUCUGGUUCAGUCAGACACCCAGAUUAAUCUGGUCCUCACCAACUGCACCUCGACCCGUGCGCGGCAGCCCCACAGGGUCACAGCCAAGAGCAGCAGAAUCCAAAAUCCCACCAGCAAGCCGUCGUCACAUUUGCAGAGGGUGUGACUGCAAGUUCCUCUUUCAUGGGAAGCGUUUGUGUUUAGUUAGUUAAACUCACAUUUAAGUGUCACCAGACCUCACACGUUCACUCGACCGUCAUGUCUCGUCCCUUAACUCGUCUUUUGUUGUGGAUGCACCGAUGUCAUUUUGUUUGUCCAUCUCCACACACCAUGCUUUUUUGUCUGCUUGCUUUUGAUUAAAAACACAGAAAAACUCA